AUGGUCUCCGAUGGUUGUGCGGUUUGUGGAGAUCGAGUGAAUGGAGCGAGAUAUGGAGCGCCUGCGUGUCUCGGAUGUAUCGUGUUUUUUCGCCGAGCUGUCAUCAAAGAGGCAAAAUAUCGAUGUAUGAAAGGACAAAACUGUGAAAUCACUUUUUCAUCUCGAUGCAUUUGUCGGUGUUGCCGUUUGUCGAAAUGUCUCCACGUUGGGAUGAGACCGGAUGCAAUUCAACGCCGCGAUGUGAUGGGUCCGCGAAAACCGAAAGAGAAAAAAGAAGAGGAUGGAGAUGGGGAAAUCCCGCAAUUGUUCCACAGACCAUCAACAUCGACAUCACAGACGGCAAUGAGUGGAAGGAAUUCACCUCCAAAGCCGGAAUGCUUAUCUGUUGCCAGUAGCUCGGGUGCUUCCUCCGAUUCGACAUGGAGUAGUCCAGACAGUGUGAUGGAUCGAGUGAUGAGAAUGCAACAAAAACAAAGAGCCGCUCACAAGGCUCACUUUGCUGCCUAUGAUGCGGGAAUUGAUGGGAAAGAUGAGCUCUUUGAUCAAGUUGAAAUUCGGUUACAUCCUGGUGGAUCGGGGCCACGGCGAGCUAGACGACACGAUGUGAAUGCAAUGUUGAGAUGCGGAUUGAUGGAUGCGGCCGAAUGGGGACAAGCGUUUAAAGAAUUCGCUUCACUUAACACACAGUCAAAGCGCCUCAUCCUACAAGAUUUUGGUUUCGCGAUGAUGCUCAUUGAUCAAGGAUAUCAAACGAUUCAACAAGAUGAUCUCGAGCUCUGGAUUCUCCAAAAUGGCACUUAUAUGUGCCCAGAUUACACCCGCGGUUUACCCACACACGAACUACCCCUUGUUGAUAAGGAUAAAGCAAAACUACACCCGUGUUUUGUCGCCGAGGCUAUCAAAGAUGUUGGUCGACCGAUGCGUGCCUUGAAAGUUGAUGAGUACGAGUGUGCUGUGCUCAAAUCAAUCAUUCUUCUAUCAUAUCGUAACCAUUUCACGGAAAAACAUCGGAAAUCAGCAUUCAGUCUUCAAACGAAACUCAUCAACGAAUUAAUGGAUUACAGUAAAGCAAAAGAGGGAGACAAAGCGGCAGAGAGAUUGGGAGCAAUUCUGCUCUUGACAACGAAUAUCCGGUGCAGUGUUUAUUGGGCCUAUACGCACACUCGAAUGCACGAUGUUUUCGGGAUGAUGAUGUUCGAUCCACUCGUUCGCGAUGUUUUCCUCACA